GUUUCACUGUUUUGUAUGGCGUCCGGUCACAGAUGGCCUCCUUCAUCCUCAGAUUUACGCAACAAGCUCAGCUUCCUGCCUGUCCCUUAUCUUAUUGUAAGCACACAUCUCCCCUGAAACAUUUGAAGAUAUGCUCCUCAUAUUCCCCUUCGGCCAAACUCGCGCUUGAAGAAGCAUACCAAGAAAUUCCAAGUGGUAGCGUCAAUCAUAAUGACAGUCGUUCUGGGUUUUCUUAUUUCAGUCCUAAUGUCCUCAAAGUUGGUAGUGAGCAUCCAGCAAAUAGUCACGCGGAAGCAAAUAUUGAGAAUAGGGUCACUAUUAAAGAAAGGAGGGAUUCAAGUCAAAUAAAGAGAAGGGCAGAGAGCUCUGCCUUUCCUUGUGCGCAAUCCAACAAUGGUUCUUCUGGGGGAAAUGAAGAGAAAUGUAAGGAGACGAAGAUGGAGAAAAGGGGAAAUAGACCCAGGAAGCGUAAGCUACACUCGCGGGAAGCUAUGCUGAGAGUUGGGUUAGGAAUGUGCUCAAAGAGAGGGGACGUGUUGAGUGCAAUUAGGCUGUAUGAGUUGGCAAGAAAGGAAGGAGUGAAAUUGGAUCAGUAUCACUAUUCUGUGUUGUUGUAUAUUUGUUCUUCUGCAGCAGCACCAGCAGCUACAGGUAUCCUGCAGUCUGCAAAAAGUGGGAGUGGAGUUGAUUUUGAAGCUACAAGCGAAUCUUCUUCUCAUAUGGAAAAUAGCACACCUGAUAAUGGUGCAUUGGUAUCAUUAGAUAAAACUGUGGAGAAUGAAUUUAGCCUUUAUGGGUUUCCUUCAAAAGUAACAACAGACAACAAUUCUGCUGCUGCUACUUUAGAUGAAUUGGUUCAGUUGGUAAUUACCUGUGCCGAGACUUUUGAGGCAAAAGAUGAAAGGGCUCAUAAGGAAGGGUAUAUAGUUGAAGUGAGCCCAGAUGUGAAGAGCUUUGCACUUGACAAGGGUUUUGAAAUCUUUGAGUUGUCACAAUCCGAAAAUGUUCCAAUGAAUGAGGCAAUAUUCACUUCUGCUGCUAGGCUGUCAAUGUCUUUGGGUGACGGUGACAUGGCAUUCAGUCUGGUGAAGCGAAUGAAGGAAUUCGGGAUUAACCCAAGACUGCGUUCCUACGGUCCAGCUCUUCAUUGUUUCUGCAACAGCGGAGAUGUUGAGAAAGCAUUCAUGGUGGAAGCACAUAUGUUGGAGAGUGGGGUUUGCCCAGAGGAGCCUGAACUAGAAGCACUGUUGAAAGCAAGUGUCGAAGCUGAAAGGAGUGAUAAGGUUUACUACGUGUUGCACAAACUUAGGACGAACGUUCGGCAGGUUUCUCCUUCCACCGCACAUGUGAUUGAGAAGUGGUUUCAUAGCAAAUGUUCUUCAAGAGUGGGAAAAAGAAAAUGGAAUCAAGAGCUAGUUCGGCGGGCAAUUGAAAAUGGAGGUGGAGGGUGGCAUGGAAUGGGCUGGUUGGGAAAUGGGAAAUGGACCGUGUCUCGUACUUCUGUCGGGUCUGAUGGGUUAUGUAAAUGUUGUGGUGAACAGUUGGCAACCAUUGAUCUCGAUCCCAAGGAAACUGAGAAUUUUGCCCAAUCUGUUGCUUCUAUUGCUGCACAGAGAGAAAAGAAGUCAAAUUUCCAGAAAUUUCAAGUAUG